AUGGUUACAAGAAAUCUGCUCCUGUUGGUUUGCCUGUGCCUGUGGGAGGGGCUUGCUGGGAUUUCCUCUGCCAGUAAGAUUGUACGGAGAAGAGGAGUUGGCGGAUUGCACGCAGUGAAGCUGGGGGAGAGCAGAGCCGCCGACCAACGGGAUGCAAGUGUGGAUGCAAAUGCGAUGCCCGUGGUGACUCUUAGAAACCUGAUCAAUCACGAGCAGACGGGUGACGCUGGAUCUUUUUCUCAUUCCAAAUUGUUGCAGAAUCACGCUGCUCCAUCUGUUGCCAACAAGGAGAAGCAGGCCCCCAAGCCCAAGCGUGAGGUUGACUCCGUCUAUAAUAAAGAAGUGACUCCGCACACAUUAGCAACUGACAAGGAGUUAAACCAGGAUGUGAAGAAAGUUAGGAAUAACACCAAGAAUGAUGAGAAAACAGGGAGGUCAGAGAAAGCAUUCACAAUCCACCACAAACCAGAUCUACACGCCAAUAAAACAAGGUUUAAAUCAGGCUCCAGAUCCAGGGUCAGGCCUGAUAUGAGUGUCUAUACCACCGGUGUGCCACGAAAAGGAUUCAGCAUAGAUUCAAACCGAAAGCUGAAUCUCACUGGUAGUUAUGGCCUUCUGAAGCUGCUGUCUAAAGAAAACCUAGUCAGGAUCGUCAAUUCCCAAAUGCAGAGCGUUCCCAGCUUGAGCUUUCCGAGCAAGGGCAGCCGGAGCAGGAAGAGAGAUUUGAUUGACGUUAAUCACAGACAGUUAGAGGCUCAGAAAGUGGCGAGACAAGAUGUGGUUGUCACUCAGUCUCACGCUGGAUUUGAUAAUCAAACAGCAUUUCCUUAUGUAAGCCCAGUCACCACUCCAGAUCUCAAUCGAGACCCUGGUGCUGACAUUCGUAUUAAUCCGCUAAGUGAAGUCAAGCCAGCUUUAAGUAAAGAGCAGGACAACUUGCGAUUGCAGGAUUCAGAUAAUGGCGAUAGCAAGAGCAAACACCUUCUGCACAUGCUGUCAACACCUCGCAGCGAGGUCAGCCUUAGCCCGGAGAAAGAACUAAUGAUCAGCCAAACGGAACCGCCUUUCACAUCGACGAAAUAUCACCCAGUGUACGUUCCCUCUGAAACAAAUGAUUCCCCUCCUUCUGUGCUGACAAUGCAGCACUCGGGAUUAAGGCUGGGGAACAGAGCGGCAGAUUCCCAUAGAGACCCAUUAACAGAGUCAGUUCACCCUGCUCAAACAGAACUCAGCACAGCCCAGUACCCGGCCGAUGAAGACAACACGCUUGUCAACAGCAGUCAUGUCCUGAGGCUCCACCCGGCUCCCGAAUGGAGCUACAAGGCAAAAAACACUGGGACACAAGCUGCUGAUCCCAAAAAUGGCCAAGGCCUUGUUUUCGAAGAAGCAGAGUCCGAGGUGAAAGAGGAAGUGCACGAGCGCAUGGAGGGAAAGGGGUCUCGCUCUCGCAGCAGGAGGAGCUGGAUCUGGAACCAGUUCUUUGUGAUCGAAGAAUACGCCGGGCCUGAACCUGUGCUCAUCGGACGGCUCCACACUGACAUGGACAGGAAUGAUGGACGCACAAAGUACGUCCUGCGAGGCGAGGGGGCGGGCUCGGUCUUUGUGAUAGAUGAGAAGACGGGUAACAUCCACGUCACCAAGCCGCUGGACCGUGAGGAGAAGGACGAGUACCGUCUCGUCGCCACGGCCACGGACAGGCAGACCGACCGUGCCCUGGAGCCCUCGUCACAGUUUAUAAUUCGGGUGCAGGACAUCAAUGACAACCCGCCUUUGUUUGAUGACGGCCCCUACAGCGCCACCGUGCCGGAGAUGGCAAAUAUAGGCACGUCCAUAAUCCAGGUGACAGCGACAGAUGCCGAUGACCCGACCUAUGGGAACAGCGCCAGGCUGGUGUACACACUGGUACAGGGACAACAGUACUUCUCAGUCGAUCCCCAGACAGGUAUUCUGCGUACAGCCGUGCCCGACAUGGACAGGGAGACCCAGGACCAGUUCCUGGUGGUGCUUCAGGCCAAGGACAUGGGGGGUCAUCUGGGCGGACUAUCCGGGACCACCACCGUCACCGUCCACCUCACUGAUGUUAACGAUAAUCCUCCAAGGUUCACCCAGAGUAUGUGGUCCUUCUCCGUUUCUGAGCUCGCCAUCCCUGGCGCUGAGAUAGGCCGUAUAUCAGCCAGUGAUGCCGACCUCGGCGAGAAUGCCAAGCUGGAGUAUACCAUCCUGGAGGGGGAGACCGGGGACACGUUCAACAUCACCGGAGUGAACCAAGAGGCUGUCAUCAUGCUCAACAAGGCUGUUGACUACGAGAGCCGGAGCUCCUACUCCUUCUCUGUGGAGGUGCUCAACCCCAUAGUGGACCCUCGCUUCCUGCGCCGAGGCCCCUUCAAGGACCGGGCCUCCAUCAGGGUCGCAGUCCUGGACGCGGACGAGCCGCCCAAGUUCUCCCGGUCCAGAUAUCACAUGGAUGUCUCUGAGAACUGUCCGCCAGCCUGCACUGUGGGCCGGGUCAGCGCUGUAGACCCUGACACUGGACUCACCAAUAAUAUCAGGUUCUCCAUCGAUCCACAGUCGGACCCCGAGGCUCUGUUUCGCAUCACCCCCGACACCGGCCUCAUCACCACGGCUACGGAGCUGGACCGAGAACGCGAGCACUGGCACAACAUCACCGUCAUCGCCACGCAGAGAGACAAUCCCAGCCAGGUGUCCAGGGUUAUGGUCGCAGUAGAGACAUUAGACUUGAAUGACAACGCGCCGGAGCUGGACAGACAAUACACCACAGCCAUGUGUGACUCCUCCUCCAUUGGGCAGGUGGUGCAGGUGUUGCGGGCGAUUGAUAGAGAUGAGGGGGGGAAUGACAGCACCGUGUAUUUCAGCAUCCCUCCGGAGUCCAGCACCGCUCUCAACUUCAGUGUCAGGGACAGUGGUGGCACCACAGCCAGCCUGGUGCUGCUCUCCCAGCUUCAGCCGCUGUCCCGCUCCCAGUCCUCCACCCUGACGCUCUUCGUGCCCCUGGUGCUGAGGGACGGCACGUCGGGUCUCACCAGCACCAGCACCGUCACUGUGUCUGUCUGUCCCUGCCUGAGAGGAGGCGCUCGGGCGGUGUGUCUCCCCCAGCAGUCCUCGCUGCCUUCCCCUGGCCUCAGUACCGCCGCCCUGCUGGCCAUCCUGGCUUGUGUUGCCACACUACUGGCGGUGAGCGCCCUGUCAUUGUCCCUGCGCCGUCAGAAGCGUGACUCCCUGUCACCGCUGGAGGAGGACGACGUUCGAGAGAACAUCAUAACAUACGACGACGAGGGCGGGGGGGAGGCUGACACGGCCGCUUUUGACAUUGCGGCGCUCCAGAGUGCACCGCACAGCUCGCGCACGCACGGCUAUCGCACUCUAGACAGCAGGAACGUACGUUACACACAUCGUAGCCAAGACAAAGCUCGCACCUACAGCUGGGCUCAGAACCCGGGUGUGGAUCACAACUACACAGGACCAGUAGGACCCCUCUACGGUCGCCUCUGCUACAGCAGCCACACCUUACCUGUUCUCCGGCGCACGCCAGGCGGCACCUUUGAACCAGGCAUGGCAGAGAUGGGAUACCGCUUCCCCGGUGGCCAUCCAGACCACUCCCUGGUCAUCCAGAACCAGGGGGCCAUGGUGGGGGCGAUGGAGUCUGGGGCAGUUUACAUUACCCCCACGGACGGAAGCCGAAUGGGGAGUUGCGCGGGAAGCCGUGAAGGGACCGCACCCCAGAGUGCAGUGAGCACGUCCGACGGAGGAACGCCGAGGACCAGUGACAGCCAUGACAGAGGAGGAGGGACCAGGACUGCAAGCAACUGCACAGAGGGGAGCAACGAUGAGAAAAUGAACCACAGUCAAGACGGAGACUGGGUGCAGUCGGAGUCGUUUCCCAGGGAGCACAAUCUUGUCAUGACCCGAUCUGGCUCCGUGGCUGGCCAGGGUCACGGGGUCGGAGGCUGGAUGGGCGACUCGGCCACACUCCCCCUGGCAGGACGCAGGGCUUCCCGUGCCGGCUUGUCCCCAAACCGCACAAGCUCCGCCCAGUCUGACUCCAGCGGAGGAGGAGGAGGUGGUGGAGGAAGAGGAGGAGGAAGCGGAGAUGGACAACAGCAACCUUCCAAUGGACGCAACUAUGCCACUGUGCUGCACAGGGAGAUGUCGGGACAGAGGGACUACCCUGGCACCUUGGGGAGGGGAGGACUGGAGAUGGGAAGCAACUUUGUGGUGGCAAGGCCAGACAGGGAGGGUGGAGGGAUAUCACUGGCCGGGAAUCCACCUGUCUACCAGGAAACACCUGGCUUCAUAAGGGACUGGCGUGAUCGGAUGGGUCUGGGAGGGUACGUUUUGGGCAGAAGGGAUAUGACCCCACAGCUUUUGCCCUUUCCAGGGCAUCCUCGAGGAGCGUAUAGUGGUGUGAUGGGCUUUGGGGCCGGUUGGGUUCCAGGGACGGAGGCAGCACGAGAUGCUCCAGGUCCCGGGGGUCCCUCCUUGGCCCUGAGGGUGGGUGAGUUCCUACGACUGCGCCUUGCCCAGGUCACCUUUGACCCCUCGCAGCCACCGUAUGACUCGGUGCAGGUGUACGGCCUGGAGGGGACAGGGUCCAGGGCUGGAUCCCUCAGCUCACUGGAGAGCGAGGGAGAGAAGGAUGCAGAAAAGGAGGAUUGGGGAGCGGGGCUGGAUGAGUGGGGUCCUCAGUUCGAGAAUUUAGCCCAGCUUUUCAAAGUAAGAGAAAAAGAGAAGGAAGAGAAGGAGAAAGUCGACGAGUGUGUCAAGAAGGAGAGUGAAAUGAACGAGGAGCCUGAGAAGAAAGAGAAAAAAGAUAGAGGAGAGCGGGCUAGAGAGGAGGGGAAAGACUGA